AUGCAUAUAUACCCAUUUGUCUAAAAAGAGAAAAAGUGAAAAAAGGAGAAAUUAAAUAAACAUAAAUUGUUCCCUCGAUGAUUUACUAGAAUUUCUCCUCCACAAAAGGUUGGUUCUUUAAAUCCUGCAGCACAAGUGCAGAACAUAGGAAACCUGUGCCUUGCAAAUCGUCUCCUCGACUCCUCCGAAUACCUUGAAAAUGUUCAUAUCCACACUUCUUUUCUCCAUCAUUGUCUGCAUAUUCCUAUUUCUCACUAGAACAAGUGGGAUUGGUCAUCAACUCAUAUUGGUGAACAACUGUAAGGAGAGGGUAUGGCCAGGAAUACAAGGCGGCGCAGGCAUACAAACCCUGAAAGAUGGUGGAUUUCUACUGACUAGUGGCCAGGAAGUAGUUAUCGAUGUGCCAGAGAAAUGGUCGGGAAGAGUGUGGGGAAGGCAAGAUUGCAACUUCAAUGCAUAUGGAAAAGGCUCGUGUGCCACCGGAGACUGUAAUGGACAACUACACUGCCAGGGAUUAGGCGGCGUGCCACCUGCAACAGUGGUGGAAAUGACACUAGGGACAUCAACUUCCCCACUACAUUUUUACGAUGUUAGUUUAGUCGACGGCUUCAAUUUGCCAGUAUCAAUGAAGCCUGUUGGGGGAGGAAUUGGGUGUGGUGUGGCUUCGUGUGAAGUUGACCUGAACAUAUGUUGUCCAUCGGCAUUGGAGGUUAAGGCAGGAGACAAGGUGAUCGGGUGCAAGAGUGCGUGCUUGGCCAUGCAAUCGGCCAAGUACUGUUGCACGGGAGAGUACUCAAAUCCUAAAACCUGCAAACCAACACUGUUUGCAAAUCUGUUCAAGGCUAUUUGUCCAAAGGCUUAUAGUUACGCAUUUGAUGAUUCUUCAAGCCUUAAUAAAUGCAGAGCUUCGAGGUACGUUAUCACUUUCUGCCCUCCAAAAUGAGGAUCACAAGAAGAAAUAAAUAACUUCAAGGCUGAUGUAGUAGAAGAUUGAAUAUCAGUGGUUAAAUGUGUUGAAAAAUGUUCAAUCAGCUGAAGCUUUCUUACAUUGUAGCAUGUGUUUUACUUUUGUAAGAGAACUGAAUAGUUGAUUAACAACA